AUGGCGUACAGAGGCAGAGAAGCACAAUUGGAGGAGUAUGAAGAAGAAAAGAAAUUACUUCUCUAUCAAAAUAAAGAAGCAACGAAGGAGGUCAAUCAAUUAAGUAAAAACUAUGCUAAGCUUCUUGGACAUCAGAAUAACAAGCAGAAAAUUCAGCAUAUUAAACGCAUUAAAGAGGAGAAUCUUCGACUAAAGCAGGAGGUAGUAAAGCUUCAAGACCAACUAGAUAAAGAGAAAAGGUCAACAAGAAAGCUGGAAAAUCAAAUCCUUCAUGAAACAACGAACACAUUUGAUAGACUUGCAACUCCACUUAAGCCUUGCAUCAAUUCUGGGAAUAUUAUGAAAACCACUUCGGUGAAAAAGUCUCGUUAA